AUGGAUGCCACCGACUCCCCUGACCCGUACAGCCGCCCGGCGCGCAGGACGCAGUGGAUCGUGAGCACCCUGGCUUACCAUUACGGACUGGACCGGGGAGUGGAGAACGAAAUCAUCGUCCUGGCCACCGGACUGGAUCAGUAUCUGCAGGAGAUAUUCCACCACCUGGACCAUCGAGGACUCGGCAAAAUCCCAGAGGAGGACUUCAACGUCCUGUGUGAGGUUCUGGGGCUGAGCGAGGACUCGGAAUCGGAAGAGUCCGCCGGAGUGUUGGACAACCUCCCCAGCGCGCUCACCUUCAGGCACUUCCACGCCAAGCUGUGCGGCUACUUCACCACGAAGGCUGGAUGCCAGUACGAGAACGACCGGCUGCUGGUCGGGACCGACAGCGAACACAUAGAAACUCAGAUCCGUCUGCGGAGCCCCCUAAAGCGGCGGGAGACGCUGCUUUCGGUCGGGGCGGCCGGUGGCGGUUGUUCUCCCUCACCCUCCCCGGCGCAGCGGCGCGCUUUCGGCUGCAGGCUCGGCUCCCCGGGCUCCUGCAGCAGGGAGUGCUACGAGGAGAUCGUGGCUCUGGAGGAGGCGGAGGACAGGAUAGGGAAGCUGGAGGAUGAGAAUGCGAGUCUCAGGGAGCUGGUUGAGGACAUGAGAGCCGCGCUGCAGAGCAGCGAUGCUCGUUGUUUGGCUCUGCAGGUCGGCCUCUGGAAAAGCCACUCCAAGCAUAAACCAAGAGAAGGACGCUUCGUUUCCCCGCGGACGCUGGCCCCCCACAACAACGUGUCCAACAGCUCCAACAGCAACCUCAAGAGCCUGCAGAACCUCAUCCACGAGAUAGAGUACCUGCACAGCUCCAGAGAGUGGCAGGUGGAGGAGACGGUGUCGCGCAACCAGAGACUGGAGCAGGAACUGUGGAGCUGUAAGGAGGCCGUCGCUGCGUUGGAAGAUAGCAACAGGCUUCUGAAGACGGAGCAGGCGAGCAUGAGGAGGAAGGUGGAGGAGGCCCGGCAGGCUCUGCUGAGCGGACUGGAGAAGGUGAAGGACCUGGAAGCGAAGGCCAGUCGUGUUCCGGCGCUGCAGAGGCACGUUGUCCAGAUGGAGUCUGAGCUGCUUUACUACAGGUCUGAGAUGUCCAGACUUCAGCCAGCGAGCAGCGCCGGGGCAGAGCAGCGGCCGUACUGCCAGGACCUCCAACAUGACCGCCGUUCACCAACAGGCCGCGCUGUGACCACCCCUGACAAGAUGCCAGUCGAGGAGCAGCUGUUCCGCUCGGUGGAGGGCCAGGCUGCCUCGGAUGAAGAAGAGGACAAACGGGCCGGGGACCAACAGAGGCAGGUGGAGGAGGUGAAGAGGAUCCUAACCAGGCUGUCCUGCUGUGGCGGAAGAUGUGGUGACGAGGCACUGGAGAAGCUGAUGUUUCGUUUUGGAAGCUCGAGGAGCGAAGAAUGUCACAGUGCUGUGGUGGAGCUGCUGGAGAGAGUCACCAGGCUGCAUAAAGAGCUGAAGCUGAAGGAAAGCCGAGCAGAGAUGAACAUGGACCAGAUGAAGGACUCUCUGGUGCAGGAGCUGCAGCAGAGGGUCGAGGACACGGAGCUGCUUACCGUGGAGCUGCAGUCGCUGGAAAGAGAGAAGGUCCGUCUUUCGCUGGUGGAGGAGAAGCUGGUGGACAUCCUGCAGCUUCUGCAGCAGCUCAGAGACUUGGCAAAGCGCACAUCCUGGAGGUGCUCAGCGCUCUUUACCACGAACUGGCUGCGUGCGAGAUCCUUUCAUCUCAUGGACGUCUGCAGGCACCGCAGAGUCAGCAGUCACUCCACAACCUCAUCAUCUCCUGCUGAACAAGACCGCCACCCUCUGGGCCCACCGCCCAAGGAGACCUAA